GAGACAACAGCAGUUCAUUGCCCAUCACCGCUUCACAUUUGAGUUGUAGAGUGGUAGUGGCGACAGCCAUGUCCCUAGUCGACAGCACUGCAGUGUUCGAAGCCAGAGCAGCGAGCAUUGGUGUUCCUGACGAUGUGGUGGCUGCGAUGGCAUUGAAAGGUUGGGUCAGUCAUGGAACCUACGCAUUUGCUGUUGCGACUCAACCGGGUGCUGACGAGCAGGCUUUUCUGGAUGGGGUCAUAAUCCCAUUGUUGGGUGGGGCAGACCACAUUGCUGCGCCCAAGCUGCGUAGACUCUUUUUCGAGUCACACACAUUGACAUCAGCAGAACUUCGUCGCCAAGUUGAUGCCACAGAGCAAGAAGCUCCCAGGAAGUUGCCUGCACCAGAGAUCUCUCAGCGGAUGGAGCUGCUUCAGGCUCGAAUCAGGCCAUUGAUUGUGGCUAACUUCAUGGAGCCGUCACAUCAUCUGAUCAACUCAUUGGUGCAAUGUGUGGAGGAUGGCAGGGUCAGGUACAUUGAGUGGUCGCGUUGCACUUCUCGAACCCAGGAAGUCAAUAACAUCAAAGAAGAUGGUGACCUGAAGAUUUGGAAAACUGACAGCACAGGAACUAUCAAGGCCACUACAAAGGAACCAUCUAUUGUGGCUUCAUUGAACACGGAGUUGGACGUCCACAACGCUCUGAGACAUCGAGGGGUUGCCUACGAGAUUGCACAGGCAAUGACGUUUGAGGUGCACGAGGCCAUCAUCAACUAUUUUUUCUUUGAGCUCAAGAAGGAUCCUAUGGAGGGAUUUGGACAGGUGACCCUUCAACAAGUUGCUGCAGCAGAUAGGGAAUUGCAUGUGAGAUUAGCAGAGGCUACGAGAGGAGGCUUCAAGACUGGGCCUGCUGGUGAACUUCCGUUGGACAUCCAUGUGAAACGGAUUUUGGAUGGACCUGAGCUCAAAUGGAUGCUCAUGCCAUUGCCAAAAAGAGCUGCAGGAAAGCCCACAACAGACGGUCCAUCCAAGCCCUCGAACGAUGCGGAAUCGAAACGGAACAAAGCAGAGCCGAAUAAGACAAAGCAGGAUUCGUUGAAGCUAAAGCGGCUGAAACGAACACCCAUGCCCAAGAAGUUGGUCGGUUGUGUUCCAUGCAAUGACGAAGGCAUGCAGCCAGCCCCCUUGCGGUCAGAGCAGUUUCCAAUGGGGUUGCCAAAUUUGAGAGGCGUAGCCAAGCUCAAAGUCCAGGCUGCAAACCGCUUAUAUUCGUUUGCAAGAAGGGUCAUUGAUUUGUGCGUGGCCAUGGACAUCCCUGUCAUUUGCGAGAACCCACGCCGGUCUUUGAUGUGGAACACCGAUUAUUUCAGUGACUUGCCGUCAGUUUGCCGUUUCCAACAUGUGCACUCCUGUAUGUACGGCGGCAAACGAAAGAAGCGGACUUCAUUUCUUUUGAAUUUUCAUGCGCAAAAUUUGUUACUGGAAUGCGAUGAUAAGCAUCAACAUUUGCCUUGGGGACUUGUACAAGAUAAUGCGCUUUCUGAGAUCAAGUUUUCGACCAGUCUCGAAACUGAAUACCCUUCGGGACUUUGCAAGCAACUGGCAUCAGCUUUUGUGGAUAGGUUGUUACAACAAGGCAAAGAUAUUGCCCAAACACCACUCCAAAUGGAACAAGCCCAGCGCAUGGGCUCAGGCUUGCAGCCGCGUGGAGGUCGUGCACCACUUUUGUUGGGUGACUUCAAGUUCAAGAUUGACGUGACCUCCGAGGAUGUGGACAUUCCUUCCCAAAUAAGUGAAUCAGUGCACCCUCCAUUCCAAGGUAUUCCUAUCCAUUCAAAGCUGAUUUCUUCUCGAUUAGUUUCUGAAGUGGGGGAUGAGGGCGAGAAGAGAACACGUGCGAUCUCGACCUUUGGAGUUUUCAGGUCUCCUUUCGAAUUCCUGCACAGAGCAAUGACCCUUGAACAUCCCCUUGACACUCCCCACAAUGUGGACAAAUCCAAUUUGAAAGCAAUUUUAUUUAUAAGAGACCACAGUGCGUCAGAGGUUGUACAGUUCAGAGCAAAGCAACUCAAGAAGUACAUGUCACGAGCAGCUCAAUUGAGCGAGCAAGAAUUUCAGUUCAAGGAGACGCUAGAUGUGGACGUAAGACGCGUUUUGGAAGGGAAGAGACUUUUACUUUUUAAGGAGAUGGCCGCUGACGCCAAGGUGGGUGAUGAGACUCUUUUUCAGGAGUUAACGGAAGGGUUCAGGUUGACUGGUGAGAUGCCCCAGUCAAAACAAUUUCCUGCGAAGUUGAAACCUGCGAUGAUCUCAGUUCAACAACUCAGAGAGUCUUCAGUUUGGGCAAAGGAGAUGAUCCACUCCUCUUGCCGUAGGGUCGGUUCAGAUCCUGAGAUUGCGAAGGCUGUGUUUGAAGAGACGCAACAGCAACUGAAGGGACGCAAACAGUUGAUUUGUCAAGCUGAGCUCUUCCCAGUGAUCAUCGCGAAGAAUACUUGGAAAGAUGCUUUGAAGGGACGUUCAAUCCUUUGGUUCAUCGAUAACAACUCUUCUCUUGCGGCGAUCAUCAGAUCGUACUCUCCAGUACUCGAUAACUUUGAGAUGCUUGUGAUUAAUGCUCGAUUGGACACAGAACUUCAGAACUUGAAAGUCAAGGCUUCGAAAGAUGCACACCAUGUUACAAUCUCACGAGCGGGUGAAAUGGGGUGGCAAG